UUAUUUACGAAGAAAACUCUAAAUUUAUCAAAAAAGUAGCAGCAAGGAAGGCGAAAAGUCUGUAAGUUUCUCUCUGAAAGACUCUUUUUCGCUAAAGAAGGUAUUUAAAGUCCAAAAGGACUAAAGCCGUUAGUAUUUGACGGUUGGAAAUCCCAGUCUGUGAGCUGUGCUCAACAAGCGGACUACAGACACCAUGGUUCGGGACUCCAGUUUCGGCUCUUUAACACUAUUCAGUGCUACCGUUUUCCUCCUGUUACAAGGCUUAUUGGCCCAGCGUGUGAAGGUGGAGCCAGAGGUUGUGUCCUAUCCAGGAGGGACUGUGACUCUGCGGUGCGCGUUUCCUGAUCCAGGAAAAACCCAGCUCACUCAGGUGUCCUGGAUUAUAGAAAAGAGUGCUGAAUCUAGGACCAACAUUGCCGUGUACCACCCAACUUAUGGACCCAGUUACCCAGACACAUCCCCAGUGUAUGGGCGUGUCAGUUUCAACGAACCAGUCAGUUUGGAUAAUCCAUCCAUUCAGAUUAAUGACAUCAAGCUGACAGAUGCUGGAAAAUAUGUCUGUGAAUAUGCCACCUACCCCAGUGGAAACGAAAAGGGGGCCACUUCCCUCGUCAUCCUGGCCAAGCCGAUGAACAGCGCCUCCUCCAUCACUGUACCUGCUGGCACUUCUUCUGUCGCUGUGGCAAAGUGCGAGUCGGCAAAUGGCCGGCCAGCGGCUGCUAUCUCCUGGUCGACGCCUGUGACGGGCAAUGCAACAACGCCAGUAAAGACAGAGAACUCGGACAACACCGUGACCAUGCGCAGCGAGUACUGGAUCGUCCCCACACCAGCUGAUAACGGCAAGGACAUCAGCUGUGUGGUAGCACAUCGCACACAGUCCAGAGACGAGAUCAUCCCGCUGAAGCUGGUCAUCGAAUAUCCUCCUCAGGUAAAGAUCACUGGAUAUGACGAUAACUGGUAUAUUGGACGGACGAACGUUGUGCUAACCUGCCAAGCCGAAGGGAACCCUAUUCCCACCACUGUGACCUGGAAGACGUCAUCAGGCUUGCUGCCGGCAUCAGUGCAGACAAAUCAGAACCAGUUGACUGUGCCGACUGUUGAUGAGGUGGUAAACUCCACCUUUAUCUGCGAAGUAACAAACCGUCUCGGCACCGGCAAAGACCAGGUCACUACAUUCAUCAGGGAAGCACCCAUCGCUGCUUCCAACGCAGGCGUGGUAGCUGGGGCGAUCAUCGGCAGCCUCCUGGCAGUCCUAUUGGUCGCAGGCCUAAUUUCCAUCUUGGUAAUCCGCAAUCGUCGACAACAGCAGGGUUACCGAGGUAACAGCAAGGCCAACGCUCCCUACAACCCGGUGUCCCGUCUCUUCGGCUCCUCGGGCAGCAAGAACGGCGGCACGGGCAACCACGGCAACAAUAACGCACCCAUCUACAAAGGGGAAAUGGGGCUGUCUGAAAAGGAGGCCAAUCUCGGCCUGCACCCCGGAGGAAUGGCAGUGGUGGAGAACACACCCACGGCGCAGGACAUCCUGCUGAGCAACGAGCUGGACGAGGCAGAGCGCCGGAAGUUUGACGAGCUAGAAGACGACGAGCGCUACGACCAGUUUAGAGGCAGCGGACCCAUCCUGCAAAUCCGCCCGCAUGACGAGGUGCCUAACUCUACCUACCUGGACGACGACAUGGAGUCACAGAGGGACGGGUCGAUCAUCUCCCGGACCGCUGUCUAUGUCUGAGAGAUGGAGAAGUGAAAGGAAGUGGAUGAAGGGGAUGGCGGAGGACCUGCUUCCAGUUUGUUUUUGCUUUCAACACCCAGUUUACUCAUCAAACAAUCAUUAAUUAAAACACCUCACACAGAGAAUUGUCUCACUUGGAUGGAUAAAUGAAUGGAUGGAUGAUUAAAGUGGACACAGGGCUGAUGUAAAUAGAGGAAAUGGACAGAGAACAAUCUGGCUUAUACUUUUUGCAGUAAUGGUUGUCAUGGAGACAAUGUCUAAAUGACUUUAAAUGUACACGGCAUUAUAUGUAACGGCUAUGUUUGCGUCUGCACUGUGCUUUAGUGGAUGUAUGGUUUAUUAAUUUUAUUAUGUGAAUGAAAGGGUGAUUAUUAGGGACACAUUAUGACUUGGAGCCGGUCUGACUACUUGCUCCGUCUUUUUAUUUUAUUUCCCCUCAAUUUUAAGUCUCUCUAACGCUUCAGUGUGGACUUAAAUGUGUCCAAGUCAGGUCUAAUUCACUUAAACAGACUGUUUGAAGUGCUGUUACGCAAUGCUUCUGAAAUGAUUGGACACACAUCAAAGCCUUUAAUUUAGCCCAGACGCUGAGAUACGUUAGAUACAAGAACACUAAUAUGUAAGCGCUCCGUACAGAUUGCCGUCCCAAAAAGCUCACUAGGAUUUUGGUUUUAACAGACCGGUCAACAUCAUAUAAGUGUGUGCAUGUUAACUAGUCAUUCACUCAUUAGGGGUGGAGAAUACAUUUACAGAACACAUAUUACAUUACGAGCUGUUUCAAUAGCAAUCCUAAUAAUAGCAAUACUAUUUUUAUAAUGAAGUACUGCUAUAUUAAUUAGAAAUACCAACUCUUCAAUCAUUUAUAGCUUAUUAUUCUACUCUGUAUUUAUCAAUGCACACAUUCAAAUUGGUUGCCAUGGCUGCACAGUUAAAUAUAUCUCUUGUCAUGGUGCAAAGCACAAACAGUAGGAGAACUAUCCAGCUAGUUGAAAGGCAAAGUGAAACCCAGAUGCUUGUUUCUUUUAGUAACUAUGUAGUUGGACAGUGUUAUGUAAUGUUAGUAGUACUAACAAUACGUAGUAACAUGUACUGCAACACACAUCAAUAUAAGUUUCUUAUCACAUAGUCAUCUACCCCUGGUGUGCAUUAUAAAUAAACGGCAUUAUUAUUG